ACUGAGAUUACUACGUUUCUCAGCGAAUUUUCACUUUUUCGUGCUUUUUUACGCCAAUUGUAGGGAUAAAAUCGCAAAAAAAGCAAGUGCGCUCCACUGAGAAAUCUACUUUUUUUUUUUGAAAAUCACAUAAAAUUUCAAACUAUUUGUAUGUUGCAAAUACGCUCUACAGCAAAAAAAAAUUUUUUUUAAUCUUCAAAAUGCAACUACGCUCUAUUGCUAAUGUUUUGAAAAUCCGUGUAAAAAUUAAGUUUUAGUUAACAAUUUAAAAAAUGUUGUGUUGCAGGAGCGCUCUAUUGACAGUAUUUGAAUUGAACAAUUUGAACAAAAAUUGUCCAUUAUGUGAACGUGGCCUUUCAAUCCGCGCCCACCACCCCCUUCUCAAUGGAGCGCCAUUUCCAAAAAUCGAAAUUUUCAGGAAAAGAUGCACAUUGAAGAGCAAAUCUCAGAAGAUUUACAAGAUGGUGCUAAUAUUGAACAUUUCUACCCGAAACAAAUAAUUUGGCGCCGGAAAAUUAUCACUUUGGACACUUUUUACGCCUCACAGUGCAGAGGAAUCACCAAAACUGUUUGCAUUGCGAUGUGCUUCUUCGCAAUAGUAUUGGUAUACGCUUCUCAGCCUGUAAAUGACGAGCGAGGCCCUGCGCUCUUUUUCUGUGCUCUCGGUAUCUUGGUCAGUUUUGGAGUCCUCUUGGAGUACACAUUUAUGCUCAACACUCAUAUCACUGCCACGUGUGGGUUUAUUUUGGAAGCUCUUCUGUAUGUGCUCGUUUCGGUGGGCCUCCUUGUGUCUGCCAUCUUGAUGUGGGUGUUUUGUGCGGCUCAUUGGGCUGAAAUGAAUCCCGAAUGGGCUACGAUGCCAGCACUGGCUACGGCUGCUCUAUUCUUGUGUUCGGCUCUUUAUUUCAUAGAAAUCUGUGUCUUGCUCAAUGAUGCUCGCCGGUGUAGCUGGAGACCACCACAACCGACAUCUUCAGUUCUUCCUCAAUAAAUCAUCAAAAUAAUAAAAAUAAAUAAUUGAACAAAUCCAUGGUCUUUCUCAUCUAAAUAUACCUCAUUUUUAUCAUAAAUAAAUAGUUUUUACCUGCAAAAU